AUGACGGAGGAGAUCCUUCGAGACCUCAUAGCGGAGGCUGAGUUCCCUGACUCCGUGGAGUUUCGUAUCCCUGGCCAUCUUGAAAGGCCCUACGAUGCUCCGGCUGGGUGGAUGUGCGUUUACGAGUGACCGUCCAGGCGAGCGAGACCGAACGGCGAACUCAAGGAGAAGUUCAGGCUGCUGAAGGAGCUUAGCCAUCGAUUGUGGCCUGAGGUAGUGGCGGCGCUUGAGAAGAAAAGCAAGAGAGGAAAGAUAAGAGGGAGGGAAAAACAAAUCUGCCAUCCCUGCGACUCCGAUAUCUACAGCGAAGCCAUCCCGUUCUAA